UUUGGGAAAAUAAAUUAAUUAAUUAAAAAAAUAAAAAGUUGUCUGUGGGACUCUCAUUCUGACGUUUCGGACGUUCAACCAAUCAGGUUUCAGGGUGUUGUGACCGGAAGUGUUGUUACAAAACUGCAAAUUCGCUCCACACCUUGCCAGAGGCUCUGAAGCGCACUUGCAGAGUCUGGUGCUUUACAGAAAUUUAGGAAAACUGAGCAGAGACUUGAAGAUAUUUCCUAUUUCGAGGAACGCGACCAGCUUCUCGUCAGUCAUGCUGAAAGCUGUAGGACAAGUUUUGUUCUCAUCAGGACUGCAGAAUCCUAAAUACACAGCAGAGGAGAAAAAGCAGGGACAAGACUAUGAGAUUCGUAGCUACCAAGCUGCUAAGUGGAUGAGCACCACUCUGAGUGGGAUGCAGGCUGAUGCUGCCAUGAGCACCGGCUUCCGCAGGCUCUUCAACUACAUUCAAGGCAACAAUCAAAACAAGGUCAAAGUGGAUAUGACGGCGCCUGUGACGUGCCGUGUGGUCCCCGGUGCUGGACCAGCCUGCGAGUCCACGUUCACUGUAUCCUUCUACGUCCCAGAGGAGCAUCAGGCCAACCCACCAGCGCCGAAUGACCAAGAGGUGUUCGUGGAAACCAGGAAGGAAUUCACAACAUAUGUGAGAACAUAUGGUGGAUUUUCUAAUGAAAAUAUGAAGCAAGAAGAGCUCCUGAAACUUCUGGAAAGCCUGAAGAGGGACGGCGUCGAAUUUGUUGACAAGCCAUACUACACAGUCGGGUAUGACAGCCCCUUCAAGCUGACCAACCGCAGGAACGAGGUCUGGGUCCUCAAGAAGGAAGAGGAGCAGUAGGUAGAAAAAAAAAAAAGUCACAUCCUGUCCAAUCAACUGCAACUUUAACUAACAUGUAGCAGUAACUGUUUAAACAUAAUCUUUAAAAAAUAAUUACAGUUUUUCAGUAAUAUUAGAAAGGUCUAAAUAUCAAAACCAAAAA